CUAAAUGUGUUGAACUUCUAUAACAACUAACUGUAUUUAAAAUACAUAAAUUAAAAGAAUCACGCUACUUUUAUAUAUAUGAUCAAUUAGUGAGUAAUUAAUAUGAAUGAAAAUGAACCAACUAUGUUAUUGAAUGAAACUCCAUUUUUAAUUGGAAAACAUUCUUUCAAAACGGAACAGUCCAAUGAAGAUGAAUAUGAUAAUGAGAUCAUUCUUAUAGACAAAGAGAUUUGUCAAAAUGGUAAACAUAAUACUGACAAACAUAUUAAUGGUGUUUAUCAUUAUGAAGAUGAUAAUAUUAAUAACAACAAUGAUGAUGAUUAUGCAGAAUUGCAUCAUGAUUUAAGUACAGUACAUGAACAAGAUUCACAAAGUAUAGAAUCGGAACAUACAAUGAAUACAACAAGAUUAUUUAAAAAGAAAACUGCAACUACACCAAAUGGUAUAAUACAUAUAUAUCAUAGUGAUAAUUCUAAUCAUACAAUAAGGCAUCAAAAAUCAUUUAACGAUUAUGAUCAAAAUGAAGAAGUCAUUGAUGAUAUGGACGAUGAUGAUAUUAACUAUGAAGAUCAAUCAAUUAAUGAACUUGAUAUAACAGAUGAAUCAGUAAAUUAUGAACCUUAUUCUAGAUCACAAAUCAGUAUAACAUUGGGAAAUGGCAAUCAACUAACUGAUCAGAGGCCUAAUAAAAGUCAUGCAUCAUUAAGUAAUACAAACUGGAAAGUGUUAAAACCAAAUAAGUCAAAAGAAUAUGUAUUAGCUGUUUCACAACGUCCACCAUUGCCAAGAAAUAUACAAACUUAUAAUCGUGCCACUUAUCGAACUAAACGUGAACAUUCACAUAUGAAUGGAUUUCAUAAUAAUGUUAACGGUAGCCGUAGUGAAACAAUAGGCGGUGGUAACAGUGGUCCUUUUGAUUAUUGGACAAUUCCGAGAAAUUCUCAACCACAUUACAGACUAAGAAGUUCAGAGAAUAAAGAAUUGUAUAUGCCUGGGAAUUUAUUUCUCAAUGAAAGAUCGCUACCACGUUCGAAACGUAAAGGUCAUAGGAAUGUAAGAGAAAAAAGUGAAGCUAUACUCAGUGGAUCGGGUUACAAUUCAAGACAUCAUAAUCGUCGAAAUUCUGCAAAAUUAACUGACAGUGUGGAUAGUACUAAUGUAACUCAACAUGAAAAUGAUGCGUCGAACGAAAAUGACACAGAGAAACGACGAAGUGAAUUAAAGGUCUAUUUUCGAUUUUCUCGUGGAACUCUAAGUGAUCCGUUCACUUUUGAUUAUUUUAAAAAUAAAGAGCUGCUAAUACAACUUCAAGCACGUUGUCGUGGAUGGAUUACAAGAAGUAAAUCAUCCAAUCAAAGAACUGAAGAAAAUGCAGUUAGAAUUAUUCAGAAGACUGCAAGUCUGAUGCUUGAUCCUUGGUUUCGUUUAAUGUUGGCUUUAAAACCAUUAAUUCGUACACAUCGUAAAGAAGAGGAAUUAUUAUUCCUUCGAAGUGAAUUAGAACGAUACAAGGCGUUAGUCCGUAUGCUACGCUUCGAAAAUGCGGAAUAUCAGGCAAGAGUAGCAAAUUUAUUACACUUGCUGGAACAAAUGAGCACAAAUGUGUCAAAUGCAUCGGCAGUACAGAGUUUAGUGCAACAGAUAUCAGAAGCGCUGGGUAAAAACCAAGAGUUUUGGCAGACGUUAGCUGCUGACAACAAAGCGUUGAAUGCGUUGGCUCCACAGAAACCUGCUAGUUUGAAUGAAGCUGAACAGGCUCCUCCGAAUCCUGGAUCUACAAUGACUAAACUGAAACAUGAUGCUGAAUUUUAUCGUGAUCAAGUGGAAUUGUUACGUGAAGAAGCAGAUGAACAGCAGUUACGUUCUGCUGAACAUUACAGAAAUCAAGUUCGAGCUCUUAGUGAACGAGUUGAACAAUUACAACAUAUUUUAGCCUUAGAAUCAAGUAAAGUUGAACGUUUAAGCUCUGAACUAGAAGAGAAAAAUUCUACUGAAGCUGAAGGUAAAGCUUAUGUACGUAAUCUUGAACUUAUGGUGAAUCAAUUAAGUAAACAAUUAGAACAAAGAAGUAAAUUAUUAGCGAAUGCAGUUGAGAAUGAUGAAAACGAUGACAAUCAACAUGAUGAAAAAGAUGCAAAGACACAAGCGCUAAUUAACGAACUGCAAAAUGAACUGGCUACACAUCGCGAAUUAGUUGUUAAACUCAAGGACUACUUAUCGUCACACUCUGACUUGUCUUCACAACUUGAUAGUAGUACCCAAGGUGCAUUGGAAAUGUUAAACUCACCAACUCUAAUUGGCAAAACAAAUAUGAAUGCACAACAAGCUCAAAAUUUCUUUGGAUCAUCUAGAGCACAGUCUAGAGAAGAAGUGAAUGAUUUAACACCAAGAAGUAAUACAUCACACCAAUUAGCUGAAAUGAAAAAACAACUAGUACUUAUGCAUAAACAAUUGAUUGAAUCUGAAGAUACUGUUAAACAAGAAACAGAAAAUCGUGAAGAAUUAGAAGCGGAAAACUUUAAUUUAUAUGAUAAAAUAUCUAUAUUAGAUAGGCAAUUACGUCAUAUACAAGAUGAAUAUGAUGAACUUGUGAAAAAAGAAAUGAUGAAUCAACGUGCAUUGAAAGAUGUACAAGAACUGCUAGAUGAUGAAUCAAGAAAAUGCACCAAACUAGAACAACAAAAUAAAGAAUUGGAACAACAGUUAACUGAAUUACGUGAAUACAAUGAACCGGAAGAUGAUUUAGUAGCCAAAGAAUGGGAAUCAAUGAAAUCUAAACUACGAGCUGAUGCCAUGUUUUAUAAGAGGAGUUUGGAUCAAUUACGCGAAGAAUAUGACCAAUAUCGUAUUGACAAUGAUCCUGUAUCAAUGCAAAGACAAUUGACCGAAAAAGAAGAAAAAGUGAAUUUAUUGGAAAAAGAGAAACAACAAUGGCGUAUGGAAUUGGAUAUACAAAAUGUCAAACUACAAAAUGCCACUUCAUUAUUAGAAGAUACUGAGCUACGUCUAAAAAUGUUAAAUAGAGAACGUACCGCUCAAAUGCAUCGUAUGACACAACUUGAAACAGAAAGAGACGAAUUAAUUCGACAAGCAGCAACAAUAACUGGUCGAGCUGCAGCUGACAGAGAAAUGGCUGCUGCUAAAUUACGCGAAAUGGAUGAAUUACGCUCAGAAAGAGAUGUUUUAAGAAAAGAAUUAACAGAAGUUAAACAAGCGCUUGCUGGAAGUACAGCUGAAAAUGCAGCGGAACGACGUCAAUUACAAGCACGUUUACGUGAAACAGAAGUUCAUAAUGAAGCACGUAUUUCAGAUAUUAAAGCUGAAUUGGAAAGAGUACGUGAAGAACUAGAGCAACUUCAAGUUGAAUUACAAACAACACAAGCAUCAGAAAUGGAAUUACGUAGUGUGAAUCAACAUCAAAAAUGGAAAAUUCAUGAAUUAGAAGAUCAAGUAAUUCAUUACACUAGUCGUAUUUCUGGUUUGGAACGUCGUAGUAUUGAUUUAGAUGCUGAAUUAGUACGUGCAAAAGCAGAUUUAAGUGCUUCACGUGAAACAGCUUCACUGAGACGUGCUACAAAAACUCGUAUGGCAGAUGAAUGGUUAAAUAUAUUAGAUUUUCAAAAUGAAACUGAAGACUAUGAUGACGAUGAUGAUGAUAAUAAUAAUGGUUAUCAAAAAGAAAUAGUUUUGCUUAGAAGACGAAGUAAACAAAAUGUCAGUGACGCAAGUGAUGAUUUAUCAAGACCAAGAUUAAGAAAUGGUCAAUCAGAAAAUGAUUUAUUAAAAAAUAAUUCUAAAGAACACACUCCACGUUAUCCUAUAUUAAGAGACUCCAGAUAUCGAUCAGAAAGUGUUCUACCAACUAUUGGCCGAAUACAUAGAAAAUCUACAAUUUAUUCAGACAGUAAUAAUAAUAUGAAAAUAAAUGGUAAAAAUAGUAAAUCUACGACAAAUUUGAAAUUGAAUGGAUUAAAAUCUUCAAAUAACUCACUACAAACUGAAUUUGAAGAACAACUUGAAACGGAAGACAACAUACAACAAGAGAGUAAACAUGAAUAGGAAACUUCACGUAAUAAUCAUUAUAAAUAAAUCGAAAAAAAAUACAGAUUUUCAUUCAACUUGUAAAUACAUAAACAUUGUCUAUUAAAAACGACUGAUGAUGAAUUUUUUUUCAAAGAAUAAAAUUAAAUAAAUAUUAUGUCUUCCGGGAAAAAUUGAAAUUUAUAGCUAAUCAACAGAUCUUAAAUUAUAUUUUAAGAUAUUACAGUAAAAUAGUCUUUCAAUGGUACAAUUAAAAUGAAGUUUGUAAAUGAUGUUCCCUUUAUUCACUGGACCAAUUUCAUCAUAAAACAGUCACAGAUAUCGAUUAUAUUUUUCAGACAAAUUAAUACAUCAUAACUAUUAAUUUGAACUACUCAAGCAUAUUUUACUUUUGCUUUAUGAAUGCAUAUACGUGUCUGUCUAUAGCAUCUUCCAAUCAGUAAAAUCAAAUUUUAAUUGACAAAAAGUAUUGCAUUCUUUCUGUAGACAAAUAUUACAAAUUGUCAAUUUCACUUGAACAUGACUCAUUUCAAAUUAUUUCAUUAAAUAAUUUAGUAUUAUUGUUAAUGCUGUUUGUUCACUGCCAUACACACCAAUCGAUGACAUCAUCAUCAAGGUAAACAGUAAAUAAUUUACAUGUUUGUGAACUUAUUCUAUUCUUUAUUGCAUGCACGUAUGUUUUUUUUUAUAAAUAAAUUUUGCAAAACAAAAAACUGAUCACUUCAGCUGUGAUUCAUAUCAGAAAUAUGUAAUUAUUUCAAAUGGUUUAUAUGAUUGAUUAAUUUAUAAAAAAACAUUCAACUCUUAUUAAUUUUUGUAGUCAGUUCUAUGAAUAUCAACCGCAACAGUAAUAAUAAUAAAUUUCAAUUAAUUUUUG